ACAACAAGACACAAGGCCGAGGCGACAAGUUGGAGUUGAGUUAACAACAUAUUGAAAGAUUCAUGACUAAUGGCGGCAGCUGAUCAAAUAUUCGGGCUGUUUGAAAGAACGAUUGCGUCGUACGCGGGGGAACUUUCUCGAACAGGAGGGGAGAAGGAGCGACAACAACUGGAGGCUGUUGACACGACUCAAAGUGUGCUACACAAUGUCCGGCAGCUGAUUGGUCGUCAAGAAGAACGUCCCUCUGAGCCCACUUUGAAGCAGGAAGAUCCUCAUCCCCCUGAGGUUAAAGAGGAGGAGGAAGAAAUAUGGAUCACCCGGGAAUCGGAGGGAGAGUGUCUUCUUGGACCGAAGGAGGCUGAUCUCAGAGAGUUGCCGCUGACUGUUGUCUGUGUGAAGACUGAAAACUAUGACGACAAAUCAGUAGCAGACAACCUAUUUGCUCCACUAUCAGAUAGUGACGAUACAACGUCACACUCUCCCGAGGAUGAAGACAGGGACGACACCCAAAAACCUUUGAGCAGUGACAGCAAACACACUAAAGGCUCUAAAAAGAAGACGGGUAAAAAAGGUUUUACCUGCUCAGUUUGUGCUAAAAGCUUCACGGCUAAGAGGGAUUUGACUGGACACGUGAGAACACACACAGAAGAAAACCCUUAUAGUUGCUCAACAUGUGGCAAAGGGUUCUCGCAAAGGUCAAGUAUCACAACACACAUGAAAACACACUUGGCGGAAAAACCUUUCAGUUGUUCAAUUUGCGGUAAAGGAUUUACUCAAAAGGCACACGUGGAAUCACACAAAAGAACGCACACGGGCGAAAAGCCCUUCAAAUGCUCGGUUUGCGAUAAAAGAUUUGCGCACAGUUCCACGAUGGUGUCCCACCUGAGAACACACACGGGAGAAAAGCCUUUCAGUUGCUCCGUCUGUGGCAAAACAUUUAAUCAAAAGCCCCACAUGCUCACACACGUGAAAACGCACACUGGAGAAAAGCCAUUUAGUUGCUCAGCUUGCGGUAAAAGAUUCUAUCACCAUUCCAGCAUGGUGUCACAUACGACCACGCACACCGGAGACAAACCGUACAUUUGCUCAGUUUGCGGCGACGGCUUUGCUCGAAAAAGCAACGUCACGCAACACAUGAAAAUGCACGUGGGCGAAAAACCUUUCAGUUGCUCCGUUUGUGGCCAGCGGUUCUCUAAAAAGACAAACAUGCUGUCGCACAUGAGAACACACACCGGAGAAAAGCCCUUUGGUUGUUCAGUUUGUGGUAAAGGCUUCUCCAAAAAGACAAACAUGCUCGCACACAUGAGGAUACACACAGGGGAAAAACCCUUUGUUUGCGUCAUUUGCGGUGAAAGUUUUGCGGAAAAAGUCUCUUUGAUUGCGCACAAAAGAACACACACGGGAGAAAAAGCCUUUAAAUGCUCGGUUUGUGGCAAUAGCUAUUCUUAUAAGAAGACGCUGAAAGCGCACAUGCGGACACACAGCGAGUAUCGGUGCAUAUCCAUCAAUUAGAAUAUUGAGCAAAAGUUAUUUGAUUUCAAAAGUAAAUGCAGAUUAGUAGCAAUUAAACAUUUUUGCAGUUCAUUUGCGAACCAUUAAGUUUUGGAUUUCUUUUUCAAGUUUGAAGAGAUACUGAAUUUGAAUUUGUUGAUCGGUGGAGGGAAUACUUCGAAGACCUCCUCAAUCCUACCAGCACGUCUUCCUAUAAGGAAGCAGGGCCUGGGGAAUCUGUGGUGGGCUCUCCUAUUUCUGGGGCUGAGGUUGCCGAGGUAGUUAAAAAGCUCCUCAGUGGCAAGGCCCCCGGGGGUGGAUGAGAUCCGCCCGGAGUUCCUUAAGGCUCUGGAUGUUGUGGGGCUGUCUUGGUUGACAAGACUCUGCAACAUCGCGUGGACAUCGGGGGCGGUACCUCUGGAUUGGCAGACCGGGGUGGUGGUUCCUCUCUUUAAGAAGGGGAACCGGAGGGUGUGUUCCAACUAUCGUGGGAUCACACUCCUCAGCCUUCCCGGUAAGGUCUAUUCAGGUGUACUGGAGAGGAGGCUA